ACUUAAAAUACUUAAAUCAUAAAUUUAUAAAAAAAUGGUUUCCCCAAUUAUAUUAACAAUUUUUAUAGCCAUUAUAAUUUAUAUCGCAUUAAAAUGGUCAUUUGAAAAACCAAAAAAUUUUCCACCCGGUCCUCCAAGAAUACCGUUAUUUGGUGCUUAUCUAUUUUUAUUAGCCGUUAAUUAUCAAUUUUUACAUAAAGCUGCAUUAUUCUUUAGUAAAUUAUAUAAAUCAGAUACAAUUGGAUUGUAUUUAGGUGAAUAUAAAACAAUUAUUGCAAAUAGUCAAGAAGGUGUAAGACAAAUUUUAUUUAGAAAAGAUUUCGAUGGUAGACCAGAUAUAUAUGCUGGUAGAUUAAGAGAUCCACAUUUUAAUAGAAGAGGAAUAUUCUUUAAUGAUGGAAUAUUAUGGAAGGACCAAAGACGUUUCGUUUUACGAUACUUACGUGAUUUUGGUUUUGGUCGAAGAUUUGAUGAAUUAGAAGCAGUAAUGAACGAAGAAUUAACUGAUUUGGUAGAAUUAAUUCGAAAUGGUCCAAAAUAUCCUCAUGAAAAAGAAUUUGUUAGAGAUAAAUUACAAGCUUGUUGCCCAAAUUUUAUGAGCGCAUGUUCAACAAAUUCAUUUCUUUAUAUAAUGUGCAAUGAAAGAGUUCCACGUGAAGAACGUGAAAUUUGUAAUAAAUUAGUUAAAGAUGGUAUGAUUUUUCAAAGAGCUGGUGAUGAUUAUGGACGCUUGCUAAGUUUUUUGCCAUGGAUUAGACAUUUCUUUCCGUACAAAAGUGGAUACAGACAAUUAAGAGAUUCAACGAAAACUUUAUGGAAAUUCUUUAAAACAUAUGUAGAUAAAAAUUUGGAAACAUACAAUGAGGAUUAUGAUAGAAAUUUUAUGGAUAUGUACAUUAGAGAAAUGAAAAAAGCUGAAAAAGAAAAUGAAGUAGAUUCGACAUUUUUUUAUGACCAGUUUGUACUAAGUUUAGUGGAUUUUGCAUUCCCAGCGAUUACUGCUGUUGGAGUUCAAUUAUCUAUGCUCUUUCAAUGGUUCCUGCUAAGACCAGAAUUAUUAAAAAAUGUUCAAGAAGAGUUAGAUCGUGUUGUUGGUCGUGGAAGAUUAGCAUCUUUAGAUGACAGAAAAAAUUUAUCGUAUACAGAGGCAUGCCUUCGUGAAAUAUUGAGAAUCGAAACUUUAGUACCCUCAAGUGUUCCACAUAGAGCCUUAGUGGACACAGAAUUCCUCGGUUAUAAAAUUGAAAAGGAUACAAUAAUGGUACCUGGUUUAUAUGCUUUUCAUAUGGACGCCAGAUACUGGCAGGAUCCAGAAAUAUUUAAACCGGAAAGAUUUUUAGAUGAAAAUAACACAUUAUCAUUGAAAAAAGAUAUUAGUUUACCUUUUGGAGCCGGCAAAAGAUUGUGUGCUGGUGAAACGUUUGCUCGUAACAUGAUGUUUUUAAUAUUGUGCGCUAUCUGUCAAAACUUUAAUAUUGUAUUGGGACCUGGACAAGAAUUACCUGAUAUGAGUAAGAAUGUUAGUGGAAUAAUUCAAUCACCCCCAGAUUUUUGGAUUUAUUUUGAGAAUCGUUAA